AUGGCGCAGUCGGUGGUCGACCAGAUCGUGUCGGCCCUCAACCAGCGGGCGAUGUUCGUGGAGGCGCAGGCUGGUGCGGGCAUUUCACGAGAGGCACUCCUGGAGAGCCAGACUCAGUCGCUCGUCGCCACCAUCAAGUCCACGCAGGGCAUCACCAUCGAUAACGCGCCGCAGAUCACAGACACGGUCACCCGUGGGCCAUGGAGCGAGGCUCAGAAGAUCACCUUGGCCACGGCAGUGAGCGACGCCAUGUCGAGCGCAGGCUCGGGGAAUGCCAGGUGCCAGCAGCACUGCAAGACGGCCGAACUCUUCCUCACGCAGAAGGACUGGGACUCGUGCAUCCUGAACGCAGAUAUGGCGGUGAUGGCGAAGUUAUCCUACUUGUCGCAGCGCAUGUACAAGCUCGGGAUGACCUGUGGCAGCGAGAAGCUCAGAGGCCGCAUCGUGUCGGUGGUCCUCGCGUUCGGGCUGCCAGAGGACCAUGGGGACGUCGAGGCGGCCACCAAGAAGCAUUGGGUGGAGAAGCUCAGGGACUUCGUCAAGGAGCACGACAAGGCACGGCGCUACCCUGGAGCACACCUGAAGCACUACCCCGCGAGCCCAACCGACUUGGACCCCUCGAUGUACGAGUUCGCUUACGACCGCGACGACCCGCCAGUCACGCACCACCUCUUAGCCACUAGCCAGGUCGACCUCGAGUUCAGCCGCCUCGGCGUCAGGACCUCCCACAGGACCCUGUCCAGCUGCAGGGCCGUGGUGCCAGUGCCGCCUCAGCAGCCCCGCACCCCCUGCCUCAACCUGGGGAACUUGUCAAACCUUCAGCAGGGCAACGCUGCGAACCCCCUCGCGCAGGCGCUCGGGCACCUCCAAUGUCUUGCCGACGCGGCGCGUCUCUUCACGCAGGCGGGCAUGAUGGGCGGGCUUCAGCAGCAGCAGCCAGCCCUCGCGAGGGCGAUCGCGUUCCUCUUGAAGGUCCAGAAGCUAGUGGGCCUGAUGGUGGUGAAGCGGCAGUUGUCGCUGCAGAGCCUCGUGGCCCUGCAGGGCCUCCUGGCGUCGUGGACGAAGGUCGGCCUCAAGAAGGAGAAGGCCGCCGAGAAGGCAGCGACGCUCAAGAAGGCCAAGGGCGAUGCCAAAGCCGUGCAGGCCGAGGCAGCCAGGGCCACCCGCGCCGCCAAGAUCGAGGCAGCCAAGGGCGCCGCGGGCAAGGGCAAGCGGGCCGUGGCGGUGCCGCACCCGCAGCUGGUGCUGUACCAGGGCAAGACCAUCAUCGACCUUGCGCACUUGUUCGUGCCCGACCGUGUGGCCAAUGUGACGUGCAACAACUUUGCGAGCAAGGUUUACGGGAGCACGAAAACACUUGCGAAGCAGCAAGGCCUUAAGGGGCCAGCUGUUACCGAUGCGGCCAAGGCUGGGUACCAGAUGGCCGCGGCUUACUGGAGAGAGCUCCAGUGAGCGUUUGAGUCCUGAGUUGAUUGCACCAUUUAGUGCCGCGCCUAUGCCUCUCUUCUUUCGUAGCUUGGGGUGUGCUGCACUGUGCGAUAGGCGUGGCCAGCUGCAGUGGGACAGUUCGGAGACGGGGCCGCAUCUUUCGCGGGC